AUGACAAUUCUCUCGCUCGGUCUCCUGGCUCUUGGAGCUAGCGCUGCAAGCGCCGCCGUUCUGGUGGAUGACACUGUUUGCGCUUGGAAUUGGUCGCUGUCUUCGCUUGGGUGUCAACCAUCGGCACUAUGCGUUUACAACUUCAACUUCGGAGAUCUUACCCUCAGUCAGUCCUGUCGAGUCAAGGACGGUGUCAACUUUUACCCGCAACAGAUCCACUUGGCUUUUGCCGGUACGACGGCUGGAACGGGCAUGACGGUGUCCUGGGCGACGUUCGAAGAGGUGGAUGACAGUUCACUCUGGGUCGGUACUUCGGAAGCCUCACUGGCACUCGUGGACACUACAGUCAAAAGCGUCGAUUACUACCGUGACGACGAGUACGAAAUGUACCACCAUCCCGCGACGGUCUCCAGUCUGUCCCCGCAUACGAAAUACUUCUACAAGGUCGGCAGCAGAACCCGGACGACGUACCAGAGUGAUGUCAACUCUUUCGUGACCGCGCGAUCAGCUUCGGACACUUCCACAUUUAAGGUUUUGAUUUACGGAGAUGCCGGAGACGGCGAUAACUCUGAGGACACUCUAACAUACGCGAAUACGUUGACGUCGAAUGAUAUUGACCUCGUCUACCACAUCGGUGACAUCGCGUACGCGGACGACGACUACUUGGUGGCGUCGCAAGUAUCUGGAUUCUUCUAUGAAGAAGUCUACAACAAGUGGAUGAAUUCUCUAGCCCCCGUCAUGAGCGUUAUUCCGUACAUGGUGGUUGUAGGUAACCACGAGGCGGAGUGUCAUUCACCUGCCUGUCAGCUCUCGCGGACCAAGAAGAACAUGUUGGGCAACUACACGGCGUAUAAUUCUCGGUUCAAAAUGCCAUACGAAGAGAGUGGUGGCGCUCUCAAUAUGUGGCAUUCGUUUGACCACGGCCCACUCCACUUUACCUCGCUUUCGUCCGAGACAGACUACCCGAAUGCGCCCUCGAACGAGUACACUUUGACCCACAAGAACGGGAAUUUUGGUGAUCAGCUCAAGUGGAUCGAGUCAGAUCUUGCGAAGGCUGAUGCGAAUCGUGGUAAUGUGCCUUGGAUCAUCGUUGGAAUGCACCGUCCUCUUUAUGAUGUCGACGGAUGCGACGACGCUGGAGUGCCGACGGAUCAGAACGCCAAUGUGCAAUCUGCUUUUGAGGCGCUGUUCAUCAAGUACAAGGUGGACGUCGUUCUCACGGCUCACAAGCACUACUAUGAGCGCCAACUACCAAUCGCCAACAACGCGGCAGUGAUGGAUGGAGUAUCCAACGACUUUAAGACGUACGAUAACCCACAGGCUCCAGUUUACAUUUUGACGGGUGCUGCGGGGAAUAUUGAAAAUUUGACCGACGCCCCCGCUGGAACAGCUCCGUGGAAUGCUGCAGUUGACUACACGCACUUUGGCUUCUCGGUGCUGGAGGCGAACCGAUCGAUGCUGUCAUGGAAAUACGUGUCGGCGUCCGAUAAGAGCGUUACAGAUGAAUUUGUCAUGAACAAGAGAGGGGGGGCAUUUUCACGUCAAUAUGUAGGCACAACGAUUAACGUUCGAUCAGUUUGA